AUGGCGAGCGGCACGAGGGGUGUCGCCGCGGCGACUAUCUCGCUCGCCGUCCUGCUCCUAGUCUUUUGCUUCUCGCCCAGCACGGCCGCCGCCGCCGCCGUCCCCAGCAUCGACGCCACGUGGACGCGCCACCUGCCGCUGCCACGCGGACUGCUGCGCGGCCCGGAGAGUGUCGCCUUCGACGCCAAAGGCCAGGGUCCAUACAGCGGCGUGUCCGACGGCCGCGUGCUUAAGUGGAACGGCGACACGCUCGGCUGGUCGACGUACACCUACAACCCCGACUACAGCAGCGAGGCGUGCACGGCGUCUCUCCUUCGCCCGGAGACUGCCACCGAGGGCCACUGCGGCCGGCCGCUCGGUCUGCGGUUCCACCUCAAGUCCGGGUACCUGUACAUCGCUGACGCCUACAAGGGGCUCAUGAGGGUCGCGCCAGGCGGCGGGGAGGCGACUGUGCUUGUCACGGAGGUUGACGGCGUACCUCUCCGCUUCACCAACGGGGUGGAUAUCGACCAGGUAACCGGCGAGGUCUACUUCACGGACAGCUCCAGGAAUUACAAUAGGUCGCAACAUGAGAUGGUGACAAGAACCGGAGACUCGACGGGUCGGCUACUCAGGUAUGACCCACGGACAGGAAAGGCCGUCGUGCUCCAGGCCGACGUCACUUACCCCAAUGGCCUCGCCAUCAGCGCUGAUCGAACACAUCUAAUUAUCUCAUCGACCGGGCCGUGUAAGCUGCUACGAUACUGGAUCAAGGGCUCCAAGGCGGGCACCAUGGAGCUAUUCGCCGACCUCCCUGGCUAUCCAGACAAUGUGAGGCCCGACAAGAAAGGAGGAUACUGGGUGGCACUACACCGUGAGAAGGCUGAGCUCCCCUUUGGCGUUGAUAGCCACCUGCUAGCAUUGAGGAUCGAUGCCGAUGGAAAAAUAAUCGAGGAGAUGCGGGGACCGAAGGGUGUGAGGCCAACCGAGGUGGUGGAGAGGAAAGGUGGCAGACUGUUCAUGGGAUCCGUCGAGCUUCACUAUGUGUCCGUCGUCACGCGCAAAUAGAGAAAUCAAUUAGUAGAGAUGUAUGAGUUAGGAUAGGUUUUCAUAGGACAUGGCCUUUUAAUUUUUUUGUUAUGAUUUUGUCUUGACUAUUUUAUUUGUAAGACUGUUAGUCUAUUAUAUUAAUAUAUAUGAUUUUACUAAUUGACAGUGUUGUUGUAUUUUUUCCCAAUAUCAUGUAUGGAACAGUUUUCUCUGUAGAACUAGAUAGUAGCAGAUGUGUGAGCUUGAAAGACAGAAAAAAGCACUAGCAUUGUUGUGAACGUCAAAUAUAUAGUUAGCAUAGGAGUGCAGGUUAAUUCUCACAUAAACGAGACUGUGCAAUCUUGGAAAAACAGAACGAAUUUGUAAGAGAAAUCAAUUUGUUGACAAAUUGGAAAUCAGCCAAGUGAUGGUUAGCAAUAUAUAGCUACGUCUCGCUGCUUAGGUAACGAACCAUAUUAUCACGAACCAAUUUCAUUGGUUUUCUUUAUUUCCAACCAUAACCCUGAAUUAGCUAAUUCAUAAAUCAAGGAAAAACUUGGCCUAAAACAUUUGAGUUGUUACUGAAAAUAAAUAAGAUACAGGGUUCACUAAAGAAUUGAAGCUGCACAGUCAGAACUUUCCCCUUUUUCAAUUUAUCUAUCUCUUCUAAUACAUAAUUGCGGUGUUUAAGUGCAGCGCACAAACACUCCAAUAUUUCACUUAAUUCAUGAUCCUUACCAAAAAUAAAUAAGAUACAGGUUCACUAAUGAUUUGAAACUUAAUAGCAGAGUCACAGCUUUCCCUUUUCCAAUUUGUAUGAUCUAUCUGUUCUAAUACAUAACUGUGGCGUUUAACUGAAACACUGCAAUAAUAUUUCACAUAAUUCAUGAUCUUUACCGAGCUAUGACUUGGAACAAAUAUAAAAUAGUACCGGCUAAAUAACAUUCAACCUUGUAGUUGGACAAUGUUGUUUGUGAGUCAUAUUUGGAUCCCAGCAAUUAGCAUCACAAUGGACAAACUAGCUUCCCACCAUAUUUGCAAUCAUACAUGUUUGGAUGGUGGCCUUAUGUCGUUUUAGACGAUUAGCUGAUAAUUCUUCUGGAGUUGCUUAGUCGAUAAUAUAUAUCCAACUAUUCAUAUCCUUUCCACAUGU